AUGUCCUCUAAUGAAUUAUUGUCCACCUAUCGGGAAGUUAUGAUGCUUCUAUAUCAAUCGAAAUCCGAGGUCAUCAUUGAUUACCAACCAACUUGCAUCACAUCGGAUAACAUGAGCUGCGAAUCAUCGCGAAAAGAAAUUGCUGAGCGCCCAUCGUUACAUCAUCAACGUUUUAAGAGCAUCUGGGACGAGCUUGCACCAAAAGUCAAUCCUCCGGUUAUUCAAAGUCAUAAUCAGGUCCGCGCUACAUAUAACGCUGCGGGACACUUAUCUGGCUUGUAA